AUGCAAGCAUCCGACAAGCCCGAUUUGGGACUUGAAGAAUUACAGCAACUUAAUGUUCGUUCAAGAUUUCAAGUAUUUGAGCAAGGCAAAGGAAUAAACAGUGACGAUCAGCCGGUUGUACCCAAAACAAAUAAUAUCGUCAGGCGAAGUGAAUCUAUACUAACAAAAGUGGCUAAACUACAACAGUUAGGGUCUAGUGUCAAUAACCAGCAAGACUCUACUGCGUCAUCGGAAAACGAAGGAUAUGAUGAAGAUGACAUUGAUUUUGAUUCGAUAUCCGAUAAUCCGAAUGCCGAUUUGAUUCGACAGAAAAAACAUGAACAUAAAAGGGAACGUCCAGUAGGUAUAGGAGAAGCUAUGAAUGAUAUACGCAAUCUUUUUGAAAAAGGCCAUGGAAUGAAAAAAGAAGAACGACGUGAAGAGCGUAAGCAAGAGAUUCAAAAUAUAAGAUCACGUUUAUUCAUGGGCAAACAAGCACGCAUAAGAGAAAUGUAUCAGCAGGCAGUGGCCGAUUCAGAACAUGCAAGUGCUCCGAAAUGUGAUAUUGACAUAGAAGUAGAUUCGAAAACGUUAAGAGAGCGUUUUGAAAAAGGAGAUGUUUUCAUGGAUAAUCAAUCCAGCAACGAAAAUGAUAAAGGAGGUGCCCGAAAAGGAGCUAUGGAAAACGAAGCUGAUGUAUUUGAAUCUGCUAUUAGUAAAAAAUCUCGGAGCAUUUUUAUGGAACUGGAUGCUAAUGUUGUUAGUGGUAAAACUCAAAACAUUUUACCCUCUCUACCAACCAAUAAAAUUUUGCAAAAACAAAUGUCCAUUAUUAGUAAUAAUGGACAAGCAAAACGUGUUAAUCAGUUUGACAAUGAUAUAGUGAAAAGUGGAGAAGCAGUAGAAGAUGUAAAAAUUGAAACAUCCAAAAUUAGUGAAAAAUUUAAAUUCUUUGAAAAAUAUCAUCCAUCGGAAAAUAAAAAGAGGGUUUUUCGAAUAACCCCACCAAGAGAAGGAGUAGUAAAAAUGCCGGAGGAAAAUACAAGCGAAGAUGAUGAAAAUUCUAAAGAAUUAUCGCCAGAUAGAAAUGUAAUUGUUCAUUCGCGCACAACUUCAAUGAUGUUGAAUAAAUUUCGUGAACUUGAAAAAAAUCAAAUUAGAUGUGAAAAUAACAGUCCAAAACCUCUUAAAUGUUUUACACCCCCACCAGAUGGCAAUCGACGGCUCUAUAUAGAUCAAAAUAGUGACGAGUAUGACUCAAAUGAUGAAGAUGAUGAUGACGACCAAGAAGACGAAAGUGAUGAUGAUUGCAAUAAUUGCUCACACUUACCUAAAGAUGAUGAAGCACUAAGAGAGGUAACAAGAUAUUAAUUUGUAUAUUAAUUA